CGGGUCAGCAGACAUAAACAGAAGGGCGUUCCGCAGCGGAGGAAAGGCGACAACAUGACCAAGCUGGAGCUGCUUCACGUGUUUUUGAACGACAGACUGACAGCGGUCGCUGAGGAAAUUUUCCGCGCCAUCAAAGACACCUUUGUUCAAUUUCAGAGUGAAAUUCGCCGUUCAAAAGAAGAGAACGAGCGCCUGAAACGGCUACUCAAUGUCGCCGUGCAACGACUAUUACUGCAACCAGAAGCACGUGCUGUCCAGUCCCGAGAUCACGACGGCAUCCACGACUCUGGAAGGGUAAGCGGUGUUCAAGUGAAAAAAGAGCCCCACCUCGGAGACGUUCACAGUGGGUGUAGGCAUGAUGGUGGAAGAGACCCAGAAAAAGAACCUUGUGGUCCAUUUGAGACCCAAUCCAGGUUAGUCCAAACGCUGUGUUGUAGCGAUACAGUCUCACCUUCUCCUUUGCCAUUCAAGGAGACAGAGUGGGAAAAUGAGGGAGACUUUGCAGCCAGCAGCUCAUCGUCCACUCGCGCUCUCCAUUCAGACACUCGCGGUGGCGGUGCUACAGCUGAAAAUAGCUACAGAAGCGUCCAGAAAGAUCUUUCGGGAUCGCUGGCGCAGCAGGCGACGGGACUACCUUGCACAAAUAAGAAGCAAAGUGUCAAUUUGCUGCAGCUAAAAGGCAUGAAAUGCCUCAAGUCGCCGCCCCCUUCUCGUAACGCUCACGCCGCGACCAUGCCGAGGUGGCACACUUGUAAAGAGUGUGGAAAAGGCUUCAGUUUUGCCUGCCAGUUGGAGGUCCACAUGCGUUGGCACACCAAGGAGAAGCCCUAUAGCUGCACAGUGUGCCGCAAGAGCUUCACCACGGUCAGCAUGCUCAAGAGGCACCAUCGAAUCCACACUGGGGAGAAGCCCUUUGCUUGUCACGUGUGUGGCAAACGCUUCAAUCAGUCCGCACACCUUAACACCCAUUUUCGGCUCCACACCCGAGAACGAGCCAGCUGGAGCCGAGCGCCCUUCCGAGGAACCCUCAGUCCGCCGGAAACUAAAUGAAAUGUACGCAAACAAAGAGCCUCUUUGUCACCCUUUCUGUGUUUUCUGUGUGAAUAAAACAUGUUGUGUG